UGAUCAAGUAAAUUAGCAUUGAAUAUUUCAUACUAAUCUAAAAAAGUUGUCCACAUUUAUCUAAAACUCAAAUACCGCAAACCCCAAGAGUAAUCUAUAAUCCUGUUCUAUCACAAACUCAAUUUAAUUAAAAUCCUUAUCCUACGCUACUUUGGUGUCAAAUUUCCUCUCUAUAAAUACCAAACUCUCAUUGGGUUUACAAUCACUCUAAUUUUCUUCUAUUUGCUUUCUUCACUGAGAUUAUAUUUUUCUAUAAUAUAUACAAAGAUGGAUGUUGAUCUAACACCAAAGUUGGCAAAACAAGUGUAUGGAGGAGAAGGUGGAUCAUACCAUGCAUGGUGUCCAAAUGAACUUGCAAUGUUGAAAGAAGGGAAUAUUGGUGCUGCUAAACUUGCUCUUUCCAAGAAUGGUUUUGCUUUGCCCAAAUACUCUGAUUCUGCUAAGGUUGCCUAUGUUCUUCAAGGUUGUGGGACUGCUGGAAUUGUUCUUCCAGAGAAAGAAGAGAAAGUGGUGCCCAUUAAGAAGGGUGAUGCCAUUGCCCUCCCUUUUGGUGUUGUAACAUGGUGGUACAACAAAGACGACACUGAACUUGUCGUUCUCUUCCUUGGCGAUACCAAAACUGCACACAAGGCUGGUUCAUUCACUGACAUGUACUUGACCGGCUCCAAUGGGAUCUUCACUGGCUUUUCAACUGAGUUUGUUAGCAGGGCGUGGAAUGUAGAAGAGAGCGUCGCUAAGACUCUAGUUAGCUCCCAAACUGCUAAGGGCAUUGUGAAGCUCGAUGCUGGCUUCCAAAUGCCCGAGCCUAAGCAAGCCCACAGGGACGGCAUGGUACUCAACUGUGAGGAAGCCCCAUUGGAUGUUGACAUCAAGGGUGGUGGAAAGGUGGUUGUUUUGAAUACCAAGAACUUGCCUUUAGUCGGCGAAGUUGGACUUGGUGCUGAUCUUGUUAGGUUGAACGGAAGUGCUAUGUGCUCUCCCGGUUUCUCAUGUGAUUCGGCUCUUCAGGUCACUUACAUUGUCAGGGGCAGUGGCCGAGUUCAGGUUGUUGGCGUUGAUGGUAAGCGUGUUCUUGAAACACACCUCAAAGCUGGUUGUCUGUUCAUCGUUCCGAGGUUCUUUGUGGUCUCGAAAAUCGGGGAUCCAGAUGGCAUGGAGUGGUUCUCCAUCAUCACUACACCAAAUCCAAUGUUCACUCACUUGGCUGGAAGAACUUCAGCAUGGAAGGCGCUGUCACCACAAGUGCUGCAGGCCGCUUUCAAGGUCUCACCAGAUGUAGAGAAGCAAUUCAGCUCCAAGAGAACCGCUGAAGAGAUUUUCUUCCCACCACCUAACUGAUUGAUUGAUUCACCAAUCCUUUAAACUCAGUAAUAAUAGUAUAGAGGGUUUUCAAAUUCUGUUUUAGAUUUCCUUAUGGUGUGUUGAGAACAAGUUGCUUUGCGGCUCUUCAGUUUUUACAAUAAUAUCCUAGUUUAACUAUUGCUCUUU